AUGGAGGUUGUUGGUCCGGGAGAGCUCUCCCACUUCGGACCACACACCGUGACAAACCACCAGCAUACAGGGCUGACCAACGCCCCGCUUACACCGCUGCUGUUCCAGGUCCGCGAGGACGACGAUAACGACACCCUGCCCAGCAGCGUCGAGCUCGACGACGAGCGCAAGCUCUUCGUGCCCCUGUUUGCCCCCACCGUGGGUUUGGCACCACCUGGGCGCCGAUCUAGCGCCGCUCUGAGCGUGGUCGACCCCGUGGGUCAGCGCCCCGCCCCCCCUCAACGCUUAAGCUCCACUCUGGCAGGGCUGUUGCUGACGCUGCCGCUGGCACCGGCGGCGCCCACCGCCAUCGAACUGAUAUCGCCGCUGUCCACCGUGCCCCAGAUGCCGCCUAAUUUACGGCGCCACACCGUCGCCACCCCGCAACCGGCAUCCUCGAUCCUUUUGAGGCAGGAGAACACCGCCAGUAGCCAGCGGUUGUCGCUCGAAGCGACGCGCCGCCACACCAACGUCGGACCUCACCACAAGCGCAACACAUACCCCGGGGUCGAGCCCCAGGCGCUGGUAAGCAUCGACCAAGGCUCCCGUGUCCGCAACUCCAUCAACAUCACCCGCAAGAUCCGCCGCCGCCAGCAAGAGUACGAUGACGACCGCGUGCUUGUCGGCAACAAGGUGAGCGAGGGCCACCAGAACUUCAUCAUGGCUUACAACAUGCUCACGGGCAUCCGGGUGGCGGUGCUGCUGUGUCUGGGGGUGAAGAAGAAGCUCACCGAUGACGACUUCACCUAUACCAAUAAGUUGGCAUUUAAUCUGUCAGGCAACGGUAACACUCCCGGGACGCGCUACGACUUCAAGUUUAAGGACUACGCCCCCGAGGUGUUCCGGGACUUGCGCAGCCUUUUCGGGCUCGACCCCGCGGACUACUUAGUGCUGGUCACCGGUCAAUACAUCUUGUCCGAGCUCGGGCUGCCGGGGAAGCUGGGGCUGUUUUUCUACUAUCUGCGUGACUACCGCUUCAUCAUCAAAACCAUCCACCAUCUGGAGCACCGUCAAUUGUUGCACAUCCUCAAGGACUACCACGCCCACGUCCAGAAUAACCCCAACACCUUGGUGCUGCAAUUCUACGGGCUCCACCGCGUGAAGAUGCCGUGGCGUAACGGCAUGAAAAAAGUGCAUUUUGUCGUCAUGAACAACCUUUUCCCGCCCCACCGCACCAUCCACCGCAAAUACGAUUUAAAGGGGCUGACGAUGGGACGGGUGACCCGUGUCAACCCGAGCGAGAAGCUGGCCCUCCUUGCCGAAUCCGACGUCACCCUCAAGGACCUCAAUUGGCUCGAGGAUAAGGCGCUGAUAAAGUUUGGUCCAAUAAAACGGAAAUUGUUCUUCGACCAGCUCGACAAAGACGUCGCUUUCCUCGAGAAAAUCAACGUCAUGGACUACCUGUUAUUGCUAGGAAUCCACGACGUCAGCCGAGGCAAUGACGACGAGCUUAAGCUUCUGAUGUUCGACCCGAAGUCGCUGGACCGCUACGAGUUGCUCCAGACGAGCCCCCGCGACAUCGACCGUACCGACUUGCCCGACCAGGUGUACCCGGGGCGGCUGCGAUUUAUCUUCUAUGGCCACGACGGCGGGAUCCGCGCCACCAACGAAGAGAAUCGCCCGCUCCAGGAGAUUUACUACCUCGGCAUCAUCGACUGCCUCACUCGCUACGGGUUCAAGAAACGCGUGGAAACAUUAUUCCGGUCGAUGGUCCACCCACGACCCACCAUCCUGGCGGUGCCAGCAAAGGAGUACGGCGAAAGAUUCCUCAAAUUUAUUAAGAUUGGCACGUCCUAG